GAUAGUGUGGUGGUGUGCGCGCUCCGUGCAGGGUAAACAUUCUCCAGUCCCCGCUCAGUGAGGGAGGGACACACAGAGCUGUCAGAGCCUGAGAGAGAGGAGAGAGAGAGAGAGAGGAGAGAGAGGGGGAGGACGAGCAGCGCCUCAGCUCCACCACCAGCCAAGCUAUAAUCCCAACUUCACGCGGAGUUGUCAUUGCGGUCAUAAGGGACCGUCCCCAGUUCUGGAGGGACUGGACUCAGCAGGAGGGACUGGACGCAGGACGCACAGGAGGCGGCGGCAGAGCGCCAUGUCCAGGCAGCGCCCAGCCCGGCAUCCCGCUGCUGCAGGGGAGAGCAGUAACUUUGUGUGAUGCCUCUUCUCCCUCGUGGUGUGGGGAAGUUUGGGAUCUAUCGGACAAGUUGAAUGCCCAGGAGGUGCUAGCGGUAAGCGGUGAGGAGGGUGUGUUUGUUUGCCCCUGGUCGUGGGCUGCUCUUCCAAGGACAAAAGUGCAUCUCAAGGGGGACUCGUUCUCCGGCUGCGGGGGAGGAGAAGAGGAAGCCCCAAACCUGUGGAUAGCAGCGGGCAGGGGGGGAGCCAUGGCCACCACGGCUGCUUCCAACCCCUACCUCCCCAGCAACAGCAUCCUAUCCCCGGGCUCCAUCGUCCACUCGGACUCGGGGGGUGGAGGGGGCAUGCAGCCUGGCAGCGCGGCGGUGACUUCGGUGUCGGGUGGUUACCGGGGGGACCCCACGGUGAAGAUGGUGCAGAGUGACUUUAUGCAGGGGGCCAUGGCGGCCAGUAACGGAGGACACAUGCUGAGCCACGCACACCAGUGGGUCACGGCGCUUCCUCACGCGGCGGCGGCUGCAGCAGCUGCAGCGGCGGCAGCGGCCGAGGCCGGCUCACCUUGGUCCAGCAGCCCGGUGGGGAUGACCGGCAGCCCGCAGCACCCUCAGCAGCAGCAGGAUGUGAAGGGGGGAGCUGGGAGGGACGAACUGCAUCCGGGGGCUGCUUUACAUCACCGACCGCCUCACCUAGGACCCCACCAAGGACAUCAGGGUGGCUGGGGAGCCGCGGCCGCCUCUCACAUCCAGUCCAUGGCCGCCGCAGGGGCUCAGCAGCAACAGCAGCAGCAACAGCAACAGCAGCAGGCGCUUCUCUACUCCCAAUCUGGGGCUUUCACUGUGAACGGUAUGCUGAGCCCACCCCCGGGGAGCCAGAGCCUAGUCCACCCGGGCCUGGUUAGGGGUGACACCCCCGAGCUGGCCGACCACCACCACCAUCAUCACCACCACCAGCAGCAGCAACAUCAGCACCACCAACAGCAGCAGCAGCAACAACAGCAGCAGCACCACGGGGUGAACAGCCAUGAGCCGCACUCCGAUGAGGACACCCCGACCUCGGAUGACCUAGAACAAUUCGCCAAGCAGUUCAAACAGAGAAGGAUCAAACUGGGCUUCACCCAAGCGGACGUGGGCCUUGCCCUGGGCACCCUCUAUGGCAAUGUCUUCUCCCAGACCACCAUCUGUAGGUUUGAAGCUCUUCAGCUCAGCUUCAAAAACAUGUGCAAGCUCAAACCCCUGCUCAACAAGUGGCUGGAGGAGGCCGAUUCGUCCACAGGCAGCCCGACCAGCAUCGAUAAGAUCGCCGCCCAGGGCAGGAAGAGGAAGAAGAGGACCUCCAUCGAGGUGAGCGUCAAAGGGGCCCUAGAGAGCCACUUCCUCAAGUGCCCCAAACCAUCAGCUCAGGAGAUCACCAACCUGGCCGACAGCCUGCAGCUGGAGAAGGAGGUGGUCCGAGUGUGGUUCUGUAACCGGAGGCAAAAAGAGAAGCGGAUGACCCCACCAGGGAUCCAGCAACAGACGCCAGAUGAUGUCUACUCCCAGGUGGGCAAUGUGGGGGCCGACACGCCGCCCCCUCACCAUGGGAUGCAAACUAGUGUGCAAUGACUGGAAUGGGCACCCACGGGGGGAAGAUGGUCACAUACAGCCCCACUCACCCACAACGCUCUUUUUUACUGACAGAUUCCCCACCACCACCACCACCAUGUCAUUCACCACCUCCAUCUCCUGGCACAUGGGUGGACAUGCCAUUGCACCAAAAACUGCAGAGCGCUCCUUUUAAUAUAUACUCUAUUUUUUAAAAAUCGUUUUUUAUUUGCCUUACCCAAAUUUAAAAAAAAAAAGACAUGCCACUUGACUUCUCUGCCCAGCAAGGGUGCCCACAUCACAUAUAGGGCACAAGAUAAUCAGCUGUCUUCUGCGGCUUUUAUAAAAUAAAAUAAACAAGGUUGCAGUAUUUUUUACCCGUGGUUGUAGGAACUUGCCAGCCCUUUAUGGCUACUAGUCAUAGCCUUUUCCCUGAACAACACAAAAAAAAAAUCAAAUAUUCAGGAACAGAAUGUGCCCUCAUCUCAGCAAGCCAAGCAAUGAAAUAUGCACACAGCACUAAGAAGUGACUUGAAAUACAUUGGAAUACAUUUAUCCUGUGCAAAUAAAGCAGGGUACACACCGAGGAUAGAUGUCCUGCUCUCUGAACUAUUCUACCAGCCACAAGUGUACAGAAAUCAUUUUAAGAUGUCAACAAAAAAAAAAAAUAUCCUAUUUUUCUCGUGGCUCUUUUUAUCCUGAUCCCUCACCCAUGACCCUUGAGAUUUUUUUUUUUUUUUACUCAACCCCCAAAAAAAACUAAAAAAAAAAACGGAUUUAAUUAUUCUAUUUAAAACAUUCAUUUGGACUUCUGUAUCUGCACUUAUCGUGACUACACCUCUUCUAAAGUCCGUUGCCAACUAUGAUCAGAUCAUAUACUGCAUUUUCCAAGCGGUGUUUUUUGGUAGGUUAAAAAAAAAAAAAAAAAAAAAAAACAGACUUAAAGACAGCGGUAAAAAAAAAAAAUAUUAGAUCAAUAACUGAUCUAAAAAUUGCUUUAUAUUUUCAUCAAAUGACUUCUUUUAAUAUUUUAUUCAGAAUACCUAUGAACUUGAUGCAGAACAGUAAUUUAUUUUUUUCCCCAAAAUCUUGUAUUACGUGUUGUUUUUUUAUUUUAUUUUUUUGUUUAUUUUAUUUUUUUGUUUUUGUUUUUUUUCAGACGAGCACAAAAAAACAUUUGAAAAAGAAAUAUGGACAGGUUACAAUGGUCUCUUUUGAUGUGAUCAUUUGAUUGUAAUUUAAUUUUUAGUAGUGGUUUCCGUAAGAGCUGAUUGAGAAAAUAAAUUUGGUAGAACGAUUCAGAUCUGUGUGUGAUACCUAUGAAAAACAAAACAAUGGUGGUACAAGCAGAGCAGCUCCUUGUUAUUGUGUCUGAAUUAUUAAUAAUGGGGGUAAUGUCUGUUGUUUUGUAUUGUAUAAGUUCUAUUUAGUUCACUGCCAGUCUUAAUUGUCCCCUCCAUCCUUAAACGCAAGCCUAGUCCCCAAAUGCCCUUUAUUUAGUAUAAAAUAAUGUGUAUGUGUGGAAACUAUGUUGGCUGCAAUGGAAAUCUCAUAUGGUUUUUUAUUAUGGAUCAGCUAAACACUGAAUAGGGACAUGUUUGUUUAUUAUUUUUUAAUUAUUGAGCAGUCUACAUCCAAGUUAAAAUUUCCAAAUGACCUUUUUAUUUCUCCAUACUGCCACUAAAGAGAUUUUUGUUAUCAUUUUUUUUUUUUUUUUUUUUGCAAAGUGUAUUGAGUGAAUAAUCUAAACAGUUGAUAAUGGUGGGUUUGUGUGUGCCUAGCAAUACCCUAUUCCAGUUGUGUAUAGAAUCAGGACCGAUUGCACUGUUGUCUUUUUUUUUUUUUUUUUGUUAUUUCUCCCCUUUAAAAAAAAAAAAAAAAUGGCAGGGUCUUUAGACAAUCUGUUCCAUACGGGCUUCCAUAAGGUUUUUUUUUUUAUAUUAAUAUCAUUAUUUGCGUAUAGAUAGAUGUAUAGAUGCGCCUUUUCCUGCCACCAUGAAUCCAGCUUUAAAUGGUGUUUUCUAUCCAGCAGAUGCGGCCAUCAUUGGCAGGCCUCUUGUCAUUGCUAGGAAUUGGCAUACAGGCCGAUCUCAUUGUUCUGAGCAGCUUUAUUUUAUCUCUCAGGGUGACAGCAUAAUCCCAAUUUCUAAAAUCCACGGGGAUCUCCAUACACAGCAAUGGACAGGACUACAAUAAUCACACCAGUGCAGUGUAUUAGUGGUGUGUGUGUGUGUGUUGGCGGUCUAUAUGUAUUUUUUUAUUUUUUUUAUUCCAUGUUUUAUUUUCUUAGGGCUAAGCUCCAGUGCAUGAUCUCCCAGCAGUGACACUGUUAGGAUGUGCUCCCUAUUCACACGUGGCCUGCAAUCCCAUUUUUCACACAUGAAGAGUAGAGGGUUAUUGAGACAGGGAGUCCCUUUAUUUGAAUGACUUAGAAGCUGGAUUCAGAUAGAUGUCUUUCUUUUUUUUUUUUUUUUUUUUGUUCUUUUUUUUUGGCUUCGCAUUGUUGCUGUGUUAAAAGAUUUGCGAAUCACACCAGCAUGCCUGUGAUGUGACUAUGGAGUGGUGCUCCUAGCAGAGGUGAUCCUACUUUCACUGAUUCCUGUAGGAAGGUCACACAAUGCUUUUGUAGUGUUACUUUGCAGUAAUGGAAAGGGCAGGGAGCUCCUAGGAAGGCUCUAUGGCUUUUUGACUAUCAAGGUUUUCCAACACAAUAGAUCCCUACUCCUGCUCAUGUAACUGUACUGUGGCUUUGCUGGCAUACAAGCCAAGGUGCCUACCACUGGCUUGUGAUCUAGCCUGCAUUAUCUGCUUAUACUGGAGAAUAAGAGGCUGUUUUAUUCAUGAAGUUUAGAAUUAUGUGGUCAUUCAUUUAAUCAUGUGACUGGAUAAUAAAAAGGACAUCACCGCAUUUUUUUUUAAAAGUGUCAAUUCUCAACUCCUUUAGUAAAUCAGCCUGGAUGUGUGUAUGUGUGAUGGAUCUAUGUGAUCAUCAGCUGGCUAGGUGGUAUCUCUCACCAUGAUGUCCCCCUCCCCCUCCCCUCCAAUCCAUACUGUGUCUGAUAAUGAAUGAUUUGUAAUGACAACUGUAGAGAUUCCUCUACCACAAUUUUUGUGUCUACAGUUUUACCAACAAGUGUAACUUGAUUUCAUAUUUCUUUUAUUUUUAUUUUACAUUUGUUUUUUUUUUGUUCCCUUAAAUUAUAUAUAUUUGUAACCUAUUUAUCUUGUUAAAAGCAUUUUUUUGGUUGUAUUUAUCCGUUUAUUUUCAUAAUAAAAAGGCCCUUUUCGAGCUCAA